CUGACCGAGACAUCAUCCAGGAAGAUCUCAACGAGGUCACUACCGAUGUAAGGGUGACUGCGGAGAAGGUCUCCACCAUGGCCCAACACCAAGUGAGCAACACGGAGCAGAUAGUUCAACUUCAAGCAGCACAAAGUGACAUGCAAGUCCGACGACACUAUGGACCAUGUGUGAGGAUGCACAAAUCUCAACAAAAGGGUUGA